AUCCUCCGCAAGAAUAUUUCUCUCCACAUAUCUGUUGUAAAAGAGUGAAAGGCAAAUAAUAUUUUGAAGAACAUAUACAGUUCUUUUUGAAAGCAGGAAACAAGCAAUAUCGUUAUAAUGGAUCAAGUUCAAGAACUUUCUGAAGCACUGCCUUUGCCAUGUCAGCCAUUCCUAAACGUCGAAGUAAAUCAGUGCAAAGAAAGCACAAUCCCGGAGUAUAAAAUUGUAAAGGUUGUCGAAGACUUUCUUAUCAACAUGAAUACGCUUCAUGGCGACUCAUGUUUCGUGGAAUUUGUCGAUCCUUUUUUGAAGGAACAUGUCAAGAGCAUAACUAUUGUGUGUGACACAGAUAAUUUUUCAACGUAUGGCAAGAUAAUUGAUUUGAAAAAAGUUAUGCUAAAGUAUCAUGUCUAUCAACUUCAUGAUGGGGGGCCUGGAUAUGAAGAACUUGAGGACGAUAUAUCUGCUGCAGACAACUGGCUUUUGCCUACAGAGGAUUUUCAGGGCUUGUGGGAAAGCUUGCUCUUUGACUCGGAUGUGAAAAAUCAGUUGCUAAGAUAUGCGGCAACGACUCUUCUCUUCUCCGACAGAGGCGUCGAUUUCAACAUCAUCUCGUGGAAUAAAGUUAUCUUACUGCAUGGACCACCCGGUACUGGUAAAACAUCCUUAUGCAAGGCGCUUGCUCAAAAAUUAUCCAUACGACUUUCUGAAAGAUUUAACUAUGGCCAGCUUAUUGAAAUAAACAGUCACAGUUUAUUCUCGAAAUGGUUUUCCGAGAGUGGAAAGUUAGUGAUGAAAAUGUUCCAGAAAAUUCAAGAGUUUAUCGACGACAAACAAGCUUUGGUCUGCGUUCUUAUAGACGAGGUUGAAAGUUUAACAUCGGCAAGAAAAUCUGCGUUGAACGGACAAGAACCUUCGGAUGCCAUUCGUGUUGUGAAUGCAUUUCUCACUCAAAUUGACCAUAUAAAAAGACAUCCUAAUGUAAUUAUAUUGACAACAUCGAACAUAACUGGAGCCAUUGACGUUGCGUUCGUGGACAGAGCCGACAUCAAACAGUAUAUUGGCCCGCCAUCAGCUAAAGCUAUUUAUAAAAUUUACCAUUCUUGCAUCAAGGAACUUGUAAGGGUAGGGUAUUCAAUGUUUUUACCACAGGAUAAGAAAAAAUAUAGUUGAAACAGCACUA